UCCUUGUGAUGUUAGUCCAUGGGUGGUCGCUGGACGGGAUGCUAGAAAACUGGAUGUGGAAGUUGGGAACUGCACUACUUUCUAAGCGGGCAGAUGUCAAUGUGAUCAUUACGGACUGGAUUGCCCUGGCUCACCAGCAUUAUGCAAUAGCAGUAAGGAAUUCCCGUACUGUUGGCAAGCGUAUAGCUGACUUCAUACAAUGGCUGGAAGGAACAUUUCAGUUCUCACGAGAACAGGUCCAUCUGAUUGGAUAUAGUCUGGGAGCUCAUGCCUCUGGAUUUGCUGGGAGCUACAUCAAAGGACCAAAUAAGAUUGGAAGAAUAACAGGCCUGGACCCUGCUGGACCUUUGUUUGAAGGAAUAUCAUCUGCAGAUCGUCUGUCUCCAAAUGAUGCAAAUUUUGUUGAUGCGAUACACACCUUUACACAGCAGCACAUGGGCCUCAGUGUUGGGAUAAAACAGCCAGUGGCUCACUUUGAUUUUUACCCAAAUGGAGGAAACUUCCAGCCUGGUUGCCACUUUCAGAACAUUUACAAUCAUAUCGCAAAACAUGGAAUUGCAGGUUUCACUGCAGCUGUAAAAUGUGCACACGAAAGAUCAGUACAUCUGUUUAUUGACUCCAUACUCAAUGAAGACAAGCAAAGUGUUGCAUACUGGUGUAAGGACAUCAACACAUUCAAUAAAGGAAUCUGUCUCAGCUGUAGAAAGGGGCGAUGCAACACUCUGGGAUAUGAUAUUAAGAAAAUGACUCCUCAGAAUGGCAAGAAACUGUACCUCAAGACACGUUCCCAAAUGCCUUUCAAAGUUUACCACUAUCAGUUCAAGAUCCAUUUCAUUAAACAAAUUGCACAAAAGCAGUUGGAACCCACCCUUACAGUGUCACUUAUCGGGACUAAGGAAGAUGUACAGAACUUACCAAUUAUUCUAGAUGAGCGCAUCACAGGGAACAAAACCCAUUCUUUCCUGAUUACCACUGACAAAGAUAUUGGUGAGCUGAUGAUGAUCAAUUUUAAAUGGGAAGGCACUGCAGGAUGGGCAAACAUCUGGGAUACUGUCCAAACCAUUAUACCAUGGACAAAAGUAAAACUCCAUCCAGAGCUAAUUGUUAAAAAAAUACGCGUCAAAGCUGGAGAAACACAAGAAAGGAUGACAUUUUGUUCUCAAGAUGUUUCUGAUGUGCACCUCCACCCAACCCAAGUGAAAACAUUUGUGAGAUGCCAGAACAAAGGAGAAAAGAAUACAUUUAGACACACUUCAUCAGUGAAAUGGACAAAAACAUAAUUUUUCUACUAAAGUUGUAUUCCACUGACUGGAAAAGGACUGGAAACUGAAGUAAAACUUAGCCCAGUACUGGACAAUUCAUUCAGUUUCUGGCUGUAAGGCUUUUAAUUAUGGAUAAGAAAGGCACAUAAUUGCAUCCAGAGCCCUGCCUUAAAAGUACCUUCAGAAUGUUUUUUGUUACCUGACAGUAUCAGUGUUUAAAUGGUCAUAAAUCUAUAGCCCAGUGUAUAGCAAACUGUGACAAACCUGGCAACAUCCUAUGAACUAGAGAACUGUUAAGUGUCAUUUACUAAAACCAAUAAACUCAGAAUGUGUUUUAUAAGUAA